AUGGCAACAAGCUAUGCCCCAGAUAUCGACAUGGUCAUCGAGGAAACCAGAAGGACUCCAUUUACAAACAGAAUCGCCAGCGUCAGGCUGCAUCACGUCGGGAAGUUAAAAUUCCUUGAAUAUGCAGGAAACACAAACCCAAAGGCCCACGUACGAGCCUUCCGUUUGGCAAUAUCGAGAGCACACCUCACUGGCAACGAAAAAGAGGCCGGUUACUACCGCUUCUUUGCCGAGAACCUCACGGGGCCGCCCUCAAAUGUCUUCAUAGAGACAAGAGUUACCGAGACAGAUCUUUGGAAUCUCAAGCAAGCACCUUUCGAGCCGUUGAGAGCGUACAUAAACAAGUUCCGAGAAAUCAAGACCAAGAUUUCGCAUCCGAACGAGGUCUUCGCCCUAGCAGAAUUGAAGAAUGGCGUCCGGUUCUCAACCAAAUUCAGGGAAGAAGUAGCAGUGCGAGCACCUAUGUUGUUGGAUGACGCCCUACACCGAGCCUCUUACUUCGCCACCCAUAAAGAGGAGGUCGCAGCCUUAAAAGAACAGUAUAGCGCGGACAAGAAUAAUACGGCUAAAAAGCCUACUGCUCCUAAGGAGCUGGCGACCAAAGGAAAACAUUCUUAUGCAAUAAACAACUCACCGCAAAAGUCUUCGACACACGACCUCAACAAAUAUUGUGCCUUCCAUGACCGCAAAGUCCAUUCGACCGAAGAAUGUCGAGCCGCGCUUUGCAGUCAAAACGAAAAUAAGAAAACCACUGAAGAAACCAGAGAGGAAGAGGAAGAGCCAGUAACUCCAAAAUCCAACCGAAAAACCAAAGUCUCGACAAACAAAAGAGGCAGAGAGACCGAGCAGGAAUCACCGAGCUCCCCACCCCCAGCUCUGAAAAAAAGAGUCGACAUGAUUUCGUGGGGACCAAACACCAACGCAACCAACGAAAUCAGGAGCCAGACCGAAGGGAAGAUACGCUUCGAGAUCACGGUAGCGAUCCGCACAUUGAAAAACCCCGAUGAAGCUUCUCCUCCUCCCAGCAUCGCUCAAUACAACCCAAACAUGAAGCCUCCUUGCGGAAAAAUCCCCAACUUCAAGCGAAAGAACAAGAUAACCAAAAUUCGCGAGCUACUGGAAAAACCGAUUAGACACUACCGACCAGCACUGACUAAAAAAUGGAAUUUUCCGGCCCACGACAAAGGCAAAAAACGAAUCGACUUCAUUUACGGAGGCUCCAAGUUCUGCAAUUCGGUCAACUCAAUCAAAGCGUACCAACGCAGGGCCGAAAACAACGUAGGAGUGAGAGAGCCCCUUUCAGGUCCCGAUUAUGAAAUCACCUUCGACGAAAACGAGACCGCAAGUCUUGAUAAACCACACGACGACGCUCUCGUGAUUCGGCUCGACGUUGGCGGUUGCGAACUUUCUCAAGUAAUGAUCGACACCGGAAGCUCGACUGAUGUCCUUUUCUACGACGAGUUCAAAAGAAUGGGAUUCACCAAAGCACUCCUAAAGCUAGAACGAACACCCCUCAUCGGGUUCGCAGGAGAAACCACCUAUUCCCUCGGAUCGAUCGAACUCGCGGUAACCGCCGGAAAAAUUAGGAAAAUCGUAGAAUUCAUCGUGAUAGACCGUCCAGCCCCGUUCAACGCAAUCCUUGGGAGGCCUUGGCUAUAUAGCAUGGAGGCAGUUCCUUCAACAUAUCACCAAUGCCUGAAAUUUCCAUCCCCGAAAGGAGUCGAGACUAUCAGAAGAAGUCAGAAGAGCUCCAGAACAUGCUACCUCGCAAGCUUCAAAGACAUCGAACAACACCCCUAG